CCACUAGAUGGCACUGCCAGGAGUUCUUACUCCGAACCCUUUAAACAACUGAUUGAAAGAGGACCUGCCUAAGUAAUAUAAGUCGGUAAAAUUGAAUAAACGAUCUCUGGUACAACAAGUCAUGCGAAACAUACGCCUUUCCUAUGACAACCAGGUAUGAACAGGAAACGAGCUCUGGUUUCAGACACUUUCAAGAUAAAGAAAAGAAAAAAUGGAAGCGAAAAGUUUGGAGCUGUGGAUGAUGGAGAUGGACCAGCUGAUAUUACAUCCACCAUUAUGCAGCUGAUGACUCUGUUUCCUAGAAAACUCUUCAAUGAUGCUGUACCUCAGAUUGUGCUGAAGCACCAACUGUACAGCACACAUGACAAAACAAUGGUGGACAAGGAAGUGAAUAAACUGCGCGAGUCUGGAUCACUGCUGAUGUUCCAGCUUGGCUUUGAUGCGGAAGCUUUUGGACUAGUUUUUGCUUCCGACUACAAGGGCAAAGUUCUGGCUGGAGAGGAGGGGAAGGCGACCCAAGCAACCGUGGAGAAGUUCUUGGAGAAAGUGGUGUCCAAGUGCACAGACCUGAGCUUCAGCAAAGACAAAAUGCUGAAGGAGUUUCUCUUCACAGAUUCUGAGAUAACGCAGUUGGUGAAAUCAGGAGUGCUGACUGUGAGGGAUGCAGGCAGCUGGUGGCUGUCUAUCCCCAACACUGGAAAAUUCAUUAAAUACUUUAUACAAGGUCGUAAAGCAGUGCUCGGCAUGGUGAAGAAAUCCAAGUAUGGUGAAGUCUUAAAAGAUGACCUAGAACAACGAAAGACCACGUCACAAGUGAAGUUUCCUUUGAAAUACCACAUCCAGGACAUUGUUGGUGCAGAGCUGGUAGAAAGUGUGCCUACAACUUCAGGGACGUUGUUACGAUAUGUGGACUCAUGAGUCGUUAUAAGUCUCUCAGCGGAACACGAGACAUGUUGUUAAAUUAACAAUGGCUGUAAAGAGUUCUUCCUUAUAAAAUGGCUGCAUUUAUGGUUUUGCCAAAUGUAUGAUCCACUCCACUAAAGUGUUAUGAGAUGUACAUUAUCUGAUUUUGAUGAAAACUUUUUGUAAUGUGAGAUUCUAUUAUUGUAGAUUAGAUCAUCAGUUAGAAGGCAGGAAUGUGGCUCCAUAGAAUAAAAGACAAAUGGUAAAAAUAUGAAAUUAGAAAGGCUUUUUUGUUAGAUAUAAAUGCCACCUAAAACUGAAUGUUCUUUUUCCUGAACUCUGUUCUCAGACAUGUACAUUUAAAAAAAAAAGAAUACUGUAUUAUUUCCUUUGUUCUAAAAACAAGAUUAGUCUGGAGCUUUCAGAUGCUCAAUUUUUUUUUGAAUAAAAAUGCUGUUGGGGUGAUA